AUGGUGAAGUACGGCCUCGACUACACGCGCUGCAGAUGGAUCCUACCCCUGCUCCUGGGCAUAGGAGUCAUCUUCGGUAUCAUCGCGCUGGCGGGCAGGGGCUGGCUGGAGUCGCAGACCUUGCCCUACGUGCAGCGAGCGUCGCUGUGGCAGAACUGCAGGAGGCCUGACCAGGGCGGGGAAUGGAGAUGCGAGUCCCUCAUGGGCUACGCCUGGGGAAGAGCUGCUGCUGCCACAUACCUGGUCGGCUUUCUGCUUCUAGUUAUCUGUUUUGCACUGGCCAUCAUAGCAUUUGCCAUUGACACGCUUCGGUUCAACUUCAUUCGUGGCAUCGGAGGCUUGCUUUUUGUGGCUGCUGUGUUCUCCAUCAUGGGCCUGGUCAUUUAUCCAGUAAAAUUCUCAUCUGAAAUUGAUAUGACAGGAAUCAAUAUGUUCAGCUGGGCCUAUGGCUUUGGCUGGACCACUGCCAUUAUGGAAAUAUGCUUGGGAUUCUUCUUCUGCUGCCUUCCAAACUAUGAAGAUCAGAUCUUGGGUAAUGUCAAGCCCACAUAUUUUUACUCUUCCCCAUAAGCACCAGGAAAAAUGUGAUCAUAUUCCAGAGAUACCUGACAGACUAGCUACAUUUUUCAGAGUAUUGUCAUCAGAUGUUAGUAGAAAAGGCUGGAAACUUUUCUAAUGUGUGUAGAAAUAUGGCAUUGGCAUCUGCAAUAAAUUUAUCUACU